UAAAUUGAACUACGAAACUAGCAUGACGUUACCGCAAGUUGCGGCGGCUAAAACAGCAACCCCCCGAGUUGUCCGUGCUGGCACUACGGCCGUGUUGCAGCUAGUCCCCACAGAGGCAGACCACCAUGGCUAGUCCACGAACGAGAAGGGUCUUACAAGACCUGAAGCCCCGGGACUCGAAUAACAAAUGCUUUGAGUGUGGAGCGCACAACCCCCAGUGGGUCAGUGUCACCUAUGGCAUCUGGAUCUGCCUGGAAUGUUCGGGAAAGCACCGGGGCCUCGGUGUGCACCUCAGUUUCGUGCGGUCCAUCACGAUGGACAAGUGGAAAGACCUGGAGCUGGAGAAGAUGCGUGUCGGUGGCAACGACAAGGCGCGUCGCUUUCUCGAGGCCCAGCUGGACUGGGACCCCACCGCACCCCUGGCCCAGCGCUACGACUCCAAGGCGGCUGCUCUCUACAGGGACAAGAUUGCUACAGAGGCCCAGGGCAAGACGUGGUCGGCCGAGACGUCAUCCGGCCGACACCACGUGACUCGCACCUUCCCCAAGAGCAGCUCGGGUCCCGAACUCAAGCAGAGCUUCGGCACGGGCUCGUCACGCUUCGACGACUCGGGCAGCCGGCCCGAGGACUGGAGCGGGGGCUACCAGAGUUACAACUUCAACUCGGAGCAGAUAGCGUCGCACCGGGACGAUUUCUUCUCCCGGGUCCAAGCACAGAAUGCCACACGGCCUGAGGACUUGCCACCUAGCCAAGGUGGGCGCUACAGUGGGUUUGGCAACACGGUCUCGGCGCCACCACGCAGCCAGUCGCAGGAGUUCUUCGACGGUGCCUGGUCUUCCUUCAGCACGGGGUUUGCCACGUUUGCAGCUGGGGCCACAAAGGUGGCAUCAAAGGCAUCGGAAAAUGCCGUCAAGAUCGGCAGCAUAGCAGCUCAGAAGGCGGCCGAGCUCUCUGGGGCCGUCAGUGAAAAGGUGAAAGACGGCACGCUCAUCAACGAUCUGCAGAGCCAGGUCACCACCAUUAGCACCAAGGUGGUGGACGUGAGUCGACGCGGAGUGCAAGACCUCUCGACGCUGUUCGCCCAGAAGGCCACCACAUUGGAGACCGCCGAGGGCGCCCCUAACGAGAAAUCUUCCCUACUCUUUGCCACAUCUGUCCCCUCGUCACGAGACAGGAGCCAGAAUCCGGAUUGCAGUGACACUCCGCUGCUGCAGCAGCACGACCGGCCGUUCAGUCCUGAACGCGAAGAGGACGGCUGGAACUGGUCGGACGGCAACAGUGGCUCUAGUUCUCCUGCAAAGCCCAAGAACCAUGAAAACAAUGACAACUGGAACGACUGGGAGGCUGGGGAUGCCGCCUGGGAGCCCGUGACAACUGCCUCCUCACCGGCACAGAAGUCGUCUUCGAAGGCCAAGGCAUCCGCGUCCAAGAGUUCGUCCUCAACGAAGCAGGGCUCCAGCAAAGGCCCGUCAGCCAAGUCGCCCACGUCGAAGCUUUCACCAACGAAGUCUCUCUCGUCCAAAAAGAAGGGCGAUGAGAAGCUCCUCAUUGACUUCGGUGAAGAGUCGUCGGGUAAGGGCGGCGGCUCGUCGGCGAACCACGACUGGGACUCCGGAUGGGACGACGACAAUGGCUGGGAGCAGCUGGAUUCGUCGUCAGGCUCCAAAGGGUACCAGCGCAUCAGCACCAAAGCAGAUUGAUGGCGUGACUGUUGCACUAGUGUGUGGUGCGUCGUUGGCGGGGAUGCGCUUGCCGACGAUGGAUGGUGAACAGGACUGUGGGGGUGUGUGCAAGUCGACGAAAACGAGCGACGACGCGAUUGUCGUCGUGCCAGUGCGGUGGUGCUGUGCGGCAGUCCUCUCCGUGCUCUGAACACAACGAUAGGAGUUGGGGUGGGGUUGAGGGCGAUGCUGUCCUCCGCCAAUGAUGAGACGUCAGUUUUCAUGGUUCAAGAUCAUGCGGUGGUUCCUCUUCACUGUAGUUGGUCUCUCUGCAACGUGGUUCCCGCCGAAACCGUUCGGCUCUAGUUCGCCUGUGUGGCUGUGCAGCGCAGGGCAUUCGUUGGGCUGUGCAAGUAACGAGUGGGCCACUUUUAUGCCUAGUAAACUCUGAAUUGUGAUGUCUCUUGCCUCGUGGCUAGGUUUUCCAAGUUUGCGACUGUGUGCAGUUGUAUGAAUGAGAUGCUUUUGAUUUCUGUUACGAGAAACCAGGGCCCAUGCGAAGGGGAGAAUUUGUGCCGUGAUGGCGGUACACACUCACUGGAGCUGCCAAGAUUCCAUGCUUUUAAAAUUGUGUGCGUUUGCUUGUUUUAAAUUCUCGUCGCAAAGCAGUUACACUGCACGUCUGCGCUUGGCCCGACUUUCGGAGGUUUGGGAGCCUUCACUGUAUGACAGCUAAAGGCUAGCUAUUGCUGUCACUGAUUUACCAACUGGACGACAAAGAAUGUGGCAGAUAUGUGUACAGCACGAGCAUGUCAAAAUGAUUACAACUUGAUUUCAGUGCUUCUUGCUCUUGUAAUGCAUUUUGGGAAGUCCGCAGCAUCUUUCUAGCUUCUCGAACUGCAUCUAAAGCUUUUGUCACUUUAACAUCAGUCAUCUCAUAUGCCUUUCGUUUCAUAUGCCUCUUGGUUUACCAGCUCUUAAUUUUCUGGCGUUUUGAUUAAAAGUGAGCCAUCUGCUAUGAAUGUGCUAAUCGCAUGCGCCAAGAACCUGACAGCUGUUGUUGAUUGCAUCAACCAUUGUAACAAGCAGCUAACGUGCAAUGCUAUCCCGUGCUGGCAUCAAUACAUACUACCAAGGGUCCAUGAAUUGUUCAUGUAGCAAGGCAGCGUUCAGUAGUCUUAUAAAAAAAAUGCAAGUUUUCAUAAAAUGGUGCAAGAAGGGUGGGUAAUCGCAUGGCACUGGGUCUGAAUUUCUGUGGAUUAAUGUGGAACAAGUAGGUGUGGCACUGCAAUGCUGCAUUUGUAGAUCUAGUCCAGACAAAGAUCUUGUCAAAUGGCUAAUUGCGAUUCUGUGAAAACACAUUGUUCAGAUAGAUUAUACGUUGGCAUGUUUGCACAUUGCAGGAAACAUCUUGCCUGAUGCACAGCUGUGUGUGCUGUACGCACAGUAGCUUACAUUCAGGCACAUUAGAUCUGCGAUGACACUGAGCAUUGCCUAUAAAAAGUAGCUGAUAUAGAAUGGCUUUCCUGGUGAAGAUGUUAGUUCAUUUACAGGUUUUGUGCAGAGAUGGCAUUUCACAUUAUUCCUCGUACAAUAUCGUGCUCGAUUACACGUUUACACAUUGCUGUUUUGUCCACAAUAUAUUAACAUUACAGUCCCGGAAAGUCUGGCAAAACGUACAGAAUUUUGCCAUUGGAAAAGAUCAAGACGCCACCUAUUGGUAGGACUGUGAAAUAGCUUUGCAUUAUGUCUUCUACAUGGCUUUGGUUUUUCCUUCGUGUGAUGGGUGGCGCCACUAACACCAAACUGCAUUUCUGAUAUAAUCAAGCAACAUAUAGAGAAUUAAGGCAGCGUGUCAAGCUUGCAGAGCCCGUUUGUCAUUUUCUUCAGGUUGAUGCUUGAAUAAUGUGAUACAAGUAUCAAAACUUAGAACUCUUAGUAUUGCUUUUGAUAUGAGGGAAGUUCUUUCAUUGAAUAGCUCAUCAAGUCAAUUAAUAUUUAACUACUAUAAUAUUAAACUUCAAUUCAAGUGCCAGUUCAUGUGACUUUUUGGCACAAAUGCACUUUCCGUUGCCGAACAUAAAUGUGAACAUGGUCCAGCUUUCCUGUUGUGGAGUGGUACUUCGGCUUUUUGGGGUUUAACGAAUGCUUUGUAAUCUAAACAAAGCAUAAACACAAUGCCAACUCUGUGCAAAGUUUGAGUCUAUAAUGGUGAGCAACUUCGCCAGGAGAACCAUUUAUGGCAGGUCCACUUCUAGGGAGAACUUUCAGUAUUCAUGGCCCUGGUGAUGCUCCGGUGACAAUGUUUUUAGGACCUCCCAGUGAGGAGUACUUGCAGUAUUUGCUCUCGCUGCAUAAACAACUAAAGACAGUGAUUCCUCAAGACAAUGCUGAAUUCAGGGUCCGGUGAUGACAUUGCUUUUGUUUUUCAGAGGUUCACCUGUAGAUUCAUCCUUGUAAUGUGAACCAUUUCUAGUUCAGGAUUGUGUUCUUCCCUACUAGCCUUGGUCUUCAACCAUGUGAUUCUGUUUGAGCUUGUGUGUGAUGGUUACAGAUGAAUUGUUACCGGUUAGUAGUGCUUGGGGUUGUUUCACCCAAGCGCUCAGUUACUUUCAUACUGAGUUUUCAUUUUGAGUUUGCACACCUGUUGCCCCAAAAAACCUUGUCCUUUGAAGCAGUUUACUUUGACGGCAUUUGGGAUUGUGAAGCGAUUUAGCUGUGAAAAUGAUCUGCGAGUUGAUGUAAGUAGUGAAGACACUCGAUAGAUGUUGAUUGUUGGUGUCUAUUUGAGAGGUAGCCCUGUGCUUGCACGCUACAACUAUUGCAGAAACUUGUUGGCGAGAAAAAAAGUUGGCGGAUAUAUUUUAUCUGCGGCAAAUUUGGUGUAGCAGCAUGGUGAGGCAGCUUCGGCUGGGAGCAUGUACUCGAUCCACAUUUGAAUGAUCAGAGAGGUGUCUUUUCUUCCCAUCUCGUCCUUGAAUAUCAAAGUUGUGGCCCAAACUGUACAGCUUGCAAGGGCCUCGAUCGCCCGAGCACGUUCGUAACUGUGAUCGUGCCAACUGUGAGGAGGCUUUUGUCUUGUCUUCUCUUUUUUUUUCCUUCUUCAUGUGGACAGCUAAUUGUAAAUGUCUUCAGAAAUAACUGCCUUCUCCCAGCAUAGUGAUAGAGCAGGAACACAUGGCAACAUCAUAUUUUUUUGCCCUUUUCACUUGUCCAAUGAGGUAAGGUAUUUCAUGUCUUGUCAGAGCUUUUAUGAAAUGUUGCAGAGCAUGUGGAACACCAGAUCUUGUUGGGCAUAUCUUAUUGAGGCUAGAUCUCAAUGUUUGAAACUGUUCACGGGGAUCGCAGUGUGCAGUGAGAACUGGCCAACAUGUGAAGGAUUGAAAGUGUAUGCUCGUGAUACAGGCCAAAGUACCAAGCCCUUCGCGUCUAGCUCAGCACAUUGAAUCUGCUUUUCCAAGCUCAACUUGUCACGUUUAUGGCCACUACAAGAGAAGUACUAUGUUUAGGCUUGUCUAUUUGAAAGUGAUCACAAAAUUUGCUCUGCCAGUUUCUCGGGAGGCUUUGCUAUUGCCUGCAUGCAACUGACAGCUAGCAGUGAAUGGCACCACUAUUUCCUGCGAGAAAAACCUUGCAACGAAGGCAUUCAGUAGGCUUUUAUUUUAUUCCCUUUGCUAAUUUCUCUAAAAAUGCGGGACUAGCUGUGAGGUGGCGCAGUCUUCAUCAAAAGUAUGUAGACCACAUUCGUAUUGACUGUUGCUGGCACGAAAACGUGUGCCAUGUUCCGUGCAUUCUUACUAAAGUUUCUAGAGUGUACAGGUACUUCUUUGUCUUUACUCGGCACAAUAAUCUGAGCGCGGACUUCAUCACUGUCUAUGGACUGAAAGCUUCAGGUGUUGCCAUGUUGGUCGCCUGAUGCUUAAGGCUCUCUGCUGUACCACCAAUAAUGGAUCAAUUCAGUCUGUAUUUAACGGUCAUGUUCAUAUUACGACAGUGGAUGGCAGUGCCCAAAAAGCCUUAGGAAGGUUCGUAGGCAGUGUGUUCCUCAGUACUAUUGAAGACUGCUGCACUUCCUUGAGAGCUUGCGCUAGAGAUAAGAAAAAAGUUCGCAGGAUAAUUGCAAGAGAGCAUUGUAGAUGUAGCACAUGCAUCAAGUAAAGACUACAGUAGGAUGCUCAUGACAAGGCAAAAAAAAUCUAACUUUUCUGGGUUUGUUGGCGGCGUAAAGCAAAGCUUGCCCUGCCAUGCCUUGGUACAGUUUUGAAACCGUGUUAAUUUCCGACACCAACGAGAGAGCUUGCGUUUGGAGUAUGGCGUAAUUUUCUUUUUCUCAAGGAAAUUGGAGUCUAGACCAUCAAUGCAAGUUGCAUACGCAGCCAUCUCUAAAGAGAGAAGAUACUUCCAUUUUUGUUUGUCGUUACUACGCUUUUAUUGUCGGCCCGCACCGCGAUUGCCGGGAAAGAGAGUGUGAACUUGGAGCAUUUUUGUGUUUUGUUGCAAACUGAUUAACUAUGCGUCGUGGACUGUCGAAGCUCAUUUAGGCCAACUGUUUUUUGUUUUAAGUCCUUCUUUUCUUCUGCUGCUGUUGGGCCACAUCUUGUUUACUUUUUAGUCCUCCGCCCUGGCCGUCGACGUUUCACGAGCUUUGUAAGAUCAGCGUUGUUUGCUGAUCCUGUUGACGCCAUAAUAAAGUGAAAACGAAUGCGUAUAUUAUAUAUACACAAA